CUUUAUAAACGUGUGUGUAGGGAAAACGGACAAAAAUAAGGGACUUAUUUAAAUAGCAAUGACUGAAUUUGAGGUUGACGUAGGACUACUCACCAUCACAGACACACUUGUCGUGAGCGGUCCUAUGCGUAAAGAAGAGGACAUAAUGGAAUCAUGCAAAAAGGCCCUCAAGGUGCUCCUGGGCGAGUUUGAAACCCUCCCUGUAGAGACCAAGAAGGGCAAAUUUGAUGGUAUCGUCAAACUUGUGAAGCUCCCUCAGUCGGUUAUGAGGCUUCCUCGUGAAAAAGCCCCACCUAAGGCGAAGCCGCUCACUGCUUGGCAGAAGUUUGCUCUCAAAAAGGGUAUUGACAUCCACCGAAAGAAAUCUAACCGGGUAUUUGAUGAGGAUAGACAAGAAUGGAAGGAUAAGUGGGGUAAACGUGCACGUGAAGAUAGGGAGAAGUAUGAUUGGCUGCGUGAAGUGAAGCCAGGAUACAUGCCUUCUGAGGAGGGUGGGGAUCCGUUCCUGGAUGACCGUCGCGCCAAACAGGCACGUCUAGAGACGCAGAAGAAGAAGGAAGAGCAUAAUAAACGUCGUUCAGAGCACAUUGCGCAGGCACAGAAGGAGGUCAAGCACCUCGAGGCGGCAACACGUCAUCUGACUACUGCAUCCAACGGCAAAUUCGAAUCAGGUAAGCCAUUUCGAAAGAAAAAUAAAAUGCCUAAAUAAGCCUAGCAUCGGAAUGGGUAUGUAGUUUACCCUUCAAGUACUUUAAUAGCAAAGCUCAUGCCUAAUCAAACUACUGUGAGCUUUCUAAGAACUAAACGCGCUUAAGAUUUAA